AUGUUCCAGUCUUAUCCAAUGACAAAAUUUGGUCAACAAAACCGUAGUUUUAAUGCAUUAUAUUACGACUGCUUUGAAUGGCUUGAAUAUAGUAUCAUCAAUGACGCUUUGUACUAUUUCGCUUGUCGCAUUUAUGGUUCUGGGAACAAUACCGAAGAUACAUUUACCAAAAUUGGUUUUAAAAAUUGGAAUAAACUAAGUGGUUCAAGAGGAUCUAAAAAAGCCCAUCAAAGUAGACUUUAUUCUCAUGCAACAACAAAAUAUCAUCUGACUAAUAUGGAAAAAUGGCAGUCACAUAAAAACAUUGAAAAAACUGGUAGUGUAAUUUCACAGGUUUCUUCUCAACAUAAGCUACUUAUUGAAAGUAAUCGUAGAUAUUGUAACUAUCAGAGCACGUUGCAAUGUAUAAGAACUUUGUGUGAUGUGACACUGUUUUUGUGCAGACAAGGCCUAGCAUUUAGAGGCCACAAUGAAGCUCCCAGCUCCAUGAAUCAAGGACAUUUUAAAGAAGCCUGUAAUAUGAUAUCUAAAUUAUAUCCUGAAUUUGCCCAGAAAUAUAAAGAGAAAACAAAUUAUACUAGCCAUGGAGUUCAAGAUGAGCUUAUUAAUAUUUGUGCAGGUUUAUCAAAUGAUACCAUAAUACAAGAAGUUGAAGAUGUAGGCAUAUUUGGAAUAAUGUGCGAUGAAGCUAGGUAA